AUGAGCGGGGUUGCUCUGGUUCUGUUUGCUCUUCUCUUAAGAGCACUAGCUUCUUGCUAUGAACAUCCACACGAUGGGAUUUUAGUGGACAAAACUCUUUUGGUUGACAAAGGCCUUAACUUAUGUAAAAAUGAAUACAGAAAUAGAAAUUGGUGAAUACCAAUGGCUGUGUAUUUGUAUAUUUGCCUCCCAAAACUGUCAGGCUUUGAGUAGCCACCUCACAUCAGAUUAUGUAAAAGCCAACAUGUGUUUACAGCUGAGUUUUCAUCUUUCUGGCUUUGUCUGUUUAUGCUAUUUUCAUGUAUGUCCCAUUUUCAUAAGAGCUAUGGGAAACAAAAACUUACAGCUCACAGCAUGGCUGAUAAACUGCACACAGUUGUCGAGCACCAGAAUUUUUCUGACUGGAGAAAGGUGCAUAACGAUUACAAUCAAACUAUACUGCAUGACAGAGCACUGUUUGCUGAUUGGAGUAGUUGGAUUCACGACAUCUGGAAUUUCAUGUCUGACCGAGUUUUUACUGAGUCUGAAACUGUCAGGAAGAAAAGAAAGCUGCCAGAGAAAAAGUGCUUCCUGGAAGAACAUGUUCUUCAAAACCCUGUCUACCUCUGUACGUGUAUGUGCUGCUCUGCUCCUUGGCUGCACUUUGACACGCAUGUCCACUGUGCAUGGCAGCAUCAACCCUGUGGUGAAUAAGACUAGAAAGAGCUGUGCUUACACUUGCACUCUGUCACCUGACUUUCUCAAAUACAAGAAAGUUUUGUGUAAAAUGAACUGCUUACCAAAGAAACAAAUGGAUGAAAGCCAAACAACUGAAAACUGUUUGCAUGCUUACAAAAACACAAGAUGCAAAAAAGAAGACAUUUCUCAUCUGCUGAAGUACUAUAGGAUUGCUACGAUUAAAGGUAUAGGCCAUGUAAGAAUUAUAGGAUUGCGAAUUACAUCUGUGUCAAUGUUCCUGCUCUGUAACACAGCAGCUGUUAUUUUUAGCAAUUAUCAGCCUAGAUACCCUACCAACCACAGAGCCAGUCAUUCCAAACUGAGGUUAAUGCUGCUUUUCACAGUCUCAUGGUGCUCCUUCAGUUCACUACCUGUGACUGUACAACAGUCUGGAUGUUCUUGCAAAGUCCACCACAAAGUAUUUGGGAUCUCGUUUGUCCUGUGCAUAUCCUGUGAUCUGGGGAAAACUAAACUGGAGUUAAUGGCCUUCAGGGCUACAUUUCCAGGCAAUAUUAUGAAGUGGUUUGGGACUCCACAACAGAGACUCAGUGUUUUUGCCUUCAUUAUAUACCAGGAUCACAUUAGUUUGCUUUGGCUAAUGGUUAAUUCAUCCUCAUUCAACAAAAAUAUGAAAAGUCAGAAGGAAAAGAUCAUUAUACAAAGGAGCUUAGGCUCAGUCAUACAAAUCCUAUGUAUACUGGGUCAGUUAGGACUUGUGGAUGUACCAUGAUUAUUUUUAAAAUAUUUUUAGAGCCAAGCAAAAACCCUAUACUGAAGCUCUUUUUUUAUAACUCCAUACUCAUCUGCAUGGCAUUAUGAGCACUGGUCAUCAAUUUUGGAGCAUAACAGUGUCUGUUUAAUAAGUAAUAUUUGAUAGUUGCUUUCAUUUCUUAUUAUUGUGUGAGCAUAGUUUGAAGUGCAAUUAAAAACAGUUUUGAUGCAAUUA